AUGGGAAAAGGGUUGUCCGGGAGAGGAGAGGAAGAAGACAUCAUGGAGGAGCUACAUAGGGAAUUGAAAGCCAAGGGAGAAACCAUUGAACUUCUGCAAGCAAGAGUGGCUGCAAUGGAGCAACAAGAAUCCAACAGGGAGAGAGAGGUGGACAUAUUAAGGCAAAGCAUGAGAAUCAUGAGUCACAAGAAUAAGCCCACAAAAAUUGCUAAAGGCCUUUCAAGAAGCUUGCACUUGUAA